CUAUCAUUCAAAUCAAAAUUUACGAGGUUGCGCGAACAUAGGCUUCGACGUUUCCCAGCCAUGGCAGUAUGUCAACCUAGACCCUUUACGAUCCAGCACUUGUGCCGUCUUGACAUGUAUCGGCUAACUUUGAGAUCAACGACCAUCAGGAUUCCGCAACUGAGGAGGAUAUGAGCAGUCUCUUCCGCCCACCCACUGUCCGUCAUACCUUCGGUGUCCUUGACCGUACGCUUUUCGCCAAAACGGUGAAUCUCGCUGCAGCCGCCGUCGCCGACAAGACGAAUAUCGCGAGGUGGCGCAAGGAUCUUCAGAAAGAGAAGAGCCUCUUGUCAGCUGAACGGGUGUCGUGUGUCGUGCCACACCCGGAUCUCACACUAGCGUCGCAAGGCGCUCGAUGCAUACUUCUUGAUCCAAAGAUCCGACCGGGGGUGACCGAUACCUGGACACCCCUCAUCCGCGACGCCGUAGAGAAGCAGGAGCUGGGAGUCGUCCCCUACGACUUGUCGCUUGACUAUGCACACUGGACCUAUGAAGAGGUAAUGGGAUGUCUGUUACCGCCUGGAACGAGAGAUUCAAAUGAUGGGUUUCCCACAGGCUAUAACCAGGCAGGUCAUGUGGCGCACCUAAACCUGAGGGAUGAGUUUUUGCCGUAUAAGAAAUUGAUUGCCGAGGUGUUGAUAGACAAGUGUCCGGGUGUGCGCACCGUUAUCAAUAAGGUUGCAAACGUUGGUACAGAGUCAGAGUUCCGCACCUUUGCAUACGAGAUCUUGGCAGGCGACGACGACCUCAAUGUAGAAGCGCGCGAAAAUGAUUGUAUAUUCCAGUUCAACUAUGCUAAAGUUUACUGGAACAGUAAGCUAGAAGGAGAGCAUAGGCGUCUUGUCCACUUGUUUAAACCAGGCGAGGUUGUGUGCGAUGUCAUGGCAGGUAUUGGUCCUUUUGCCAUUCCUGCUGGCAAGAGAGGUGUCUUUGUAUGGGCAAAUGACUAUAAUCCUGAGAGCUAUCGAUCUCUCGAGUCUAACAUUAAGGGCAACAAGGUCAACCAAUACGUUCACGCAUUUAAUGAGGACGGUCGUUUAUUUAUAAGAAGAGCUGCCGACUUGGUCCACGCUGCCUCCUCCAGCGGCGCGCACGCCGUCGUCAAAAGCAAGCGCACGGGAAGAAAUAAACCAAAAGAGAUCAUAAAGGCGAACGAACAGGAUCCGAACCUAGAGCAACAUAUCCCUGUUCCACCAACAAUAUCACACUUUGUGAUGAACCUCCCAGCAUCAGCCAUCACCUUCCUUCCCCAUUUCCACGGGGUUUACGUUGGUCGUGAACAUUUGUUCGCGCCACACACCAGCGUGAAGCUUCCUAUGAUCCACGUCCACUGCUUCGCUGCCAAAGGUGAGGGCGAGGGGCCCAUGCUCGAAGUCUGCGAGCGGAUCUCAGCCGAGCUUGGCGUCCCUAUCAAACUCGGAGACCCGGAGGUUCCUGGAGAGGCGACUGUACUCGAAGUUAGGGCUGUGGCACCGAACAAGCGUAUGUUUUGCGCUUCUUUCCGUAUACCCACCGAGGUUGCAUUCGGCUCUAGGGAUAUGUAAACUCGACGUGGAUAACUCCUACGUAGUAUUGAGCAGGGGUGGGAAUAGACGAUAAAGAGUCACAUAAGACGCAAGCUGCUGCCACAUCAUUACAGACAAUUUCAACGGGCGCCCGCCUAGUUGGAGACAUCGCAUGCGCCAGUGGCGAUACAGACAU